CCUGGCUGCAGCCGGAGCUGGCAGGUGGCCCAGCUGGGGGUGGACAGGCAGGCUGGGGUCCACGCUGUCCAUUGGCUGCCUCAGGCUCCCACCCCGCCCGCCUCCACAGCUUGCGGCUCCUCAGCCAGCUCCUGCCUCUCCAGCUGCUUCUGAACUCCCAGAGCAAGCUCCUCCUGCCAUGUCAAGCUGUGACCGGAUCGGAGUGGCCCCUGCCAUGGACAUGCCUGAGGUUCUCAAGUCCCUGCUGGAGCACUCUCUGUCUUGGCCAGAGAAGAAGACAGAUAAGGAAAAGGGGAAGGAAAAGCUGGAGGAAGACGAGGCUGCAGCAGCCAGCACCAUGGCCGUUUCAGCCUCCCUAAUGCCACCCAUCUGGGACAAGACUAUCCCGUAUGAUGGCGAGUCUUUCCACCUGGAGUACAUGGAUCUGGACGAGUUCCUGCUGGAGAAUGGCAUCCCUGCCAGCCCCACCCACCUGGCCCAGAACCUGCUGCUGCCUGUGGCAGAGCUAGAAGGGAAGGAAUCGGCCAGCUCUUCCACAGCGUCCCCACCGUCCUCCUCCACCGCCGUCUUUCAGCCCUCUGAAACCGUGUCUAGCACAGAAUCCUCCCUGGAAAAGGACAGGGAGACACCCAGUCCCAUCGACCCCAGUUGCGUGGAGGUGGAUGUGAACUUCAAUCCCGACCCUGCCGACCUGGUCCUCUCCAGCGUGCCGGGCGGGGAGCUCUUCAACCCUCGGAAGCACAAGUUUGCAGAGGAGGAUCUGAAGCCCCAGCCCAUGAUCAAAAAGGCCAAGAAGGUCUUUGUGCCCGAUGAGCAGAAGGAUGAAAAGUACUGGACGAGACGCAAGAAGAACAAUGUGGCGGCCAAACGGUCCCGGGACGCCCGGCGCCUGAAGGAGAACCAGAUCACCAUCCGGGCAGCCUUCCUGGAGAAGGAGAACACGGCCCUGCGGACGGAGGUGGCUGAGCUACGCAAGGAGGUGGGCAAGUGCAAGACCAUCGUGUCCAAGUAUGAGACCAAGUACGGGCCCUUGUAACCCGUGCCCUCGCCCGGGCAGCGCUACCUGCACCUCAGCCCUCUGCCUGGGGGCUCCCUGAAACCCUCACGUGUGGAGACUUAUGACUCGUCAUGGGCAAAUGGCGGCACACCUGCUCCAGGAGCGGUCACAUUCAAGCUUCAUUGUCACAUGGCCAGCACACGUGGUGGACUUCCCUGGGGGGCUGGCCUCCUCACUGGUGGAGAUGCAAGAGAAUCCACGUAAACGGGUGUGUCGGCCUUAGUUCCUAUUCUUGGAUGUCCCAGCUGAAUCAGAAGGGGACCUCUGGAGUGCAGAUCUCCUUUCACAGGGCACUCAGGCCGCCCCGACUGUCCCUCAGGCUCCAGCCUGGGCCGUGGAGGUUUGUCUCCGCAGAAUGAGUCCAUCAUUGUCACCCUACAUCUUCUCAGGUAGCAGGGUGCAUUUCCAGUUGGGCUGUGUCUGUUGUCCACCUCAACCUCCCCAGAAAGUCUUUGAGAGAAAUUCAUUCCCAUCUCCCUCAGAAGCAGAAAGACACACCAGCUCGUCCGUAGUGUCUGCAUGGGUCCCAGGCCACAGGAACCGGGGCCUGCAGCAGGAGCGCACCCAACCAUUGUCAGCUCCCACACCCCUUUACUCUGUGGCUCUGAGGCCUGGAAGCCAGGGAGGAAACACUGGCCGUUGGCCGUCUCUGCGUUUUGUCUGCUGUGGAGGGACUCAGGGCGGCCGGUCUCAGCCCCGAUCCCAGCGCAGAGGGCAGCCUCUGCUUCUCCGGGUCACUCAUGGAGGCCACCUGAAUCUUGUUUGUCCCACUCGACUGGGCCUCUACUGAGCCUGCUGUUUGUUUUCACCCAGUGACCAAUCUCAGAUCUUGGAUUUAAAAGGAAAACCCCCCCUCAUCUAGGAAAUUUAACUUCCUGGAGCUGCGUGUUGUUUAGAAACCAGCCUCCACAGCCUACUGUGGGCUGGGCGCUGGUGCAUGUGUUUCUUUUUCUCCUUGCUGUGCUCUCCAAAGCGGGCCAGGCCAGAGGAAAGCAGAAGAGGGCUUCCAGUUCUCGCUUUAGAAUCCCUCCCCUGGGCAAACUGCCCAGAGGGCACCCUGGUCAAGAGUCACCAGGGUUGCAGCACAACUCAUGGAAUUGCAGGUUGCCGGGACAUUUACAUGGGCUAGAGUCCCCUCAGUCUGGGUCGCUGGAGAUGUGGUUACCACACAAGCUUGGCUGUGGCGCGGUGUGAGGGCUCCUCGCAGCUGUGGCUUCACUGCCUCACAGCUGCUUUCCCUUGUGUCCAGCUGGACUCGUCCUUUUGCUCGGCCCUGGAGAGUCAUGGUGGAAAUCCAUGGGACCUCCGCUGUUUGUGGGCAGCUGGGUGUAUGUAUUGGCUCAGGGCCAGGCAGCCUGUGGUAAAGAGGGGUCAGAGGUGAUGAGCACACUUGGUCAUGCUUACCACUGGCUUUAUUUAAAGCGGUAGCUCCAAGACCCGGGCUUCAACCCCUAAAGACUUUUUAUACCGUGUUCAGACCAGGGGAAGCCAUCUGCUGGCCAUGGCUGCACCCCAGGGGAAUGCCAUGGCCCUCGGGGACCUGCACUCCCACUUCUUGGGGGACUUGACAGGGUCCCUGAAGCCAAGGGAGGUCACCCCCUCCCUCUAGGCCCCUGACUUUUACUUUGUGGUUCUAUAAAAACCAUGUUCACACUUUUCACUAUUGUAACCACAACAGGGCAGUUGUAUCUGGCAUGUGAGUGUCCUGCCCUGGGCAGCUCGCCCGCCCGGGCAUCUUCUCCCUCUGGUCUGGCUGCCCACCAAGAGGGCAGUUCUUAUUUUGUUAUUGGUAGAAGAGCCUCCAGCUUAAAAGCUCUUCAUUUUCUUUGGCCAGAAAGUGUAGGGUUUGUGUUUUUCUGUUUUCUUUUUAAAGGAUGGAGACUAAAUUUCUGAAUGGCGUCCAAGUUCUGACCCCAGUGAGUGGGAUGAUGGCCUGAUGUCUCUCCUCUUUGUCCCACCUACUGCCUCCUCCAUGCCCUCCCCUCCUCAUCCCCAGGCAGUGGAUGUCUGGUUCCUUCCCAAAGUGCUUACUUGGAAAGAGUGUGGCUGCUGGCCUCUUUUAGAAGAGUCCCUUUGAGUCGGGAGCCUGGCAGGGACAGGGAUAUGUCCAUGGAGGUUGACAUGUUGGGGAAAGGAGUGCUCAGGGAAGCGUGUCUCCUUCCCAGGCCUAAGACUCAUGUCCUUGCAGGAGGAAGGGUUGGUGCCCACUAGCUUCCAUCAUGGGAUUGGGAGUCUCCUUAACACUCUCCAUCUUGGGGCUGACAGCCAAAGACUGAGGCUCCUGUGCUCAGGUCUUUGACAUCCACUGAAAAGCACUGGAGGCCA